CUUGUCAUUAUCACGCACACCUACGUACGCGCAUGCGCGCGGCCACACGCUCUUACUCGGGAUCUAUGCGCUGCCCCACUAGUUUCUCGCUCGUUGCUCUCAAGCUUAUGGCAAAGAAAGCCUUAUUUCUUUCCAUAGUUGGUACCCCUAUUACUCUUUAAAAAUUCCGCCAAAAAAGAGAAGACGAUUUACCAAUACUUUGGGGCCGUUAUCUCACGGCGGACUUUCUCUUCAGGUAUACAACAGUUAUCCAGAGGGUCUAGGAGCAGCACUCUACAGGGAGCAGUUUGACUUUAACGCUGAGCCACCUUGGGAGCCCAGCUGAUAGUAGGAGUGUUCCAUCUCCUGACUUGUCCAUUUUGUUGCAUAUUCCAAGAGUCCCAACAUAAGGCUCAGUGACUACUUCAUUUUUUGGCAACUUGGUUUAUGAUUGUCGGUUUUGCGGAAUACGGCUGAGAUGAAAGGAUUUGUUGAUGAACCCAGCUACACAAUCGAUCUUUUGGAAGAAGGAGCAACUGUGAAAGAUGUCCUUGAUAAUCAUAUAUAUGAGCAGGCUUUGGCUGAAAAGAGUGCGUUUUUUGUGGCAGACCUUGGCAACAUAGUAAAGAAACAUGUACAGUGGAAAAAUGUUAUGACUCAAGUGAAACCCUUCUAUUCUGUGAGGUGCAAUGCAAGUCCAGCUGUUAUUGAAAUCCUUGCAGCUCUGGGCACAGGCUUUGCCUGUGCUAAUAAAAAUGAAAUUGCACUUGUUCAGAGUUUUGGAGUAUCACCUGACAAUAUAAUUUACACAGGUGUGUGUAAACAACUGUCUCAAAUAAAGUUUGCUGCAAGAAAUGGGGUUGACAUCCUUGUUUGUGAUAAUGAAACCGAAUUGAUGAAAAUUGCUCGCUGCCAUCCAAGUGCCAAGCUGUUGCUACUAGUUGUAAUGGAGACCAGCAGCGCAGAAGAACAUAUGUGCAUGUCCUUUGGCUCCACACUGAAGAACUGCCGACAUCUUUUGGAGCGUGCAAAGGAGUUGAAACUUCAGGUGGCCGGAGUUAAAUUUCACAUUUCAAGCUCUUGCAGAGAUCCACAGACUUUCAUUCAUGCAGUAUCUGAUGCACGUUGUAUCUUUGAUAUGGGGGAGGAAUUUGGCUUUGACAUGAGUAUCUUGGAUAUUGGUGGCGGAUUCUCCGGAGCAGAAUUUCAGCUUGAGGAGGUGUAUAGUGCUAUUAGCCCUCUGCUUGAUGUGUAUUUCCCACCAGAGUCCGGUGUGUCUGUUAUUGCUGAACCAGGAAGAUUUUAUGUUGCGGCUUCAUUUACACUUGCAGUAAACAUAAUUUCAAAGAAAGUGAUUGCUAGAGAUCAUCAUGAUAAAUUCACAGAUUUGGAGCCAUCACCAAAUGAUGAACCAGCAUUUGUGUAUUACAUGAAUGAUGGAGUAUAUGGGUCUUUUUCCAAUAAGUUAGCCGAAGAGACCAUUACAGUUCCUUUGGUUCACAAGAAAUACAAUAAAGAUGAAGUCAUGUUUGCCAGCAGUUUGUGGGGCCCAUCUUCAGAUGGCCUUGACCAAGUUGUCGAGCACUGUCUGUUGCCUGAGCUGAAUAUUGGAGACUGGGUGAUUUUUGAAAAUAUGGGUGCUAACAGCCUGGGGGAGCAGGCCAACUUUACUGAUUUUCAGAAACCACCCAUAUACUAUGUUAUUUCGGCUUGUGAUUGGUACGACAUACAGGAAGCAGGAAUAACACUGGAUGCUACAAUGAAGAAAUGGUCUCUUGUACAUGCUUGUUUUCACCUGGGUCCUGAUACCUUUUCCUCACUGGUUUAAAGCAUUUCCAUCUGACGUUCUUGCGUCUUCAAAAUUGAUAAAUUGCCUGGUUAACAUUCCAAAGUCGAAGUAUAUUGAAUGCAGAAUUGAGGCAUUUAACUGGGAUCAGGCAGAAGUGUAUUUUAUCUGGUUGGCUAAUUGUGCAAAAGUUCAAAAAUACAUUUGCUUUGCUCUGACACCCAAAUUUACUUGAUCAUACUGUAUUAAAAUAUGCAACAAAAUGGAUGACUCGGAUGAGAUGGAAUCCUACUGCUGGGUUCCCCUGCUUAAAGUUUACAUAUGCGUUUGUGUUUUUCCUUUUUUAAUUACAGAAUACAGCACAGGUUUUCGGUCUUGAAAAUUGUCUACCCAAGAUGUAACAGCUCUCCGUAGAGUACAAUUUAGAGCAGAAUUUGUAAAUUUGUGCUUUGGCGUGUAGUGGUAGAAAGUCAAUGUGACUUUUCAGUUGGCUUGUGACAUAAUUCAACUUCACCCUCGUCUGAUUGCAAUAAAUUUCUUGUGUAAGUUUUGCUAUUUUGUUCCCUGUUAAAGUGAUAGAGAUGUACAGUCUUGGGCACACUAAGCUUUAGCUAUGUUUUCUUCACUGUAUAAAUUGUAUUCCUGUUUAGUAUAGUUGUGAUGCCCUGCACAGUGUUACCAAAUCGUGCUGUCUUUUUAAACUUUUUUAAAUUAAAAUUGACCAGGUGUGAUUUAUUCACAUCCCUUUA